UGACAUAUGAGCAUGGUGGAAACGUCACCAUGAGAUUCAGAGACCAGCUUGGUGUGCCUUUCCAUCUGACCUACUCAGAUGGACUCCUGCGAGACAUUCGGUAUAUGCCGGAGGAUGGCUUGCCAGUUUCAGCGCAGGCAGGCAAGAGGACAAAGAAGCGCUCAGAAAUUUCUCGUUUGUCUGCUGAGGUGGAGGGCCCAUGUGGUCCUGGUCGCGUCGGGGGGUGCUCUGCAGCACAGGGUGACAUGGGCGGGCCGAGCAAUGUCGCGAUGUCGCAGAGCCCGGGGAAGAAGAAGAAAUGCACGCCGGGACCGCCACGUGGGCAAACGCCCACAGGCAGAAAGAAGGUGAACCUGAAGGCGGUGCCAGGGACCGGAGACACCGCAGGUGCACGAACUCAGGUCCCCAGACGCCGUCGACGCCCCGGGAUGGCAACUUUGUCGGAAAUUAGAAAGUUGCAACGAUCCACCGACCUUUGCUUGGCUUUCAGGCCGUUCUUGCGUCUCGUGCGCGAGGUUGUGGAGCGCGACAUUGCUCCGGGUAUGGGCGUGAGGUUUCAGAUGACGGCGGUGCGUGCUUUGAUGGAGGCUGCCGAGGCGUACUUGGUCGCCAAUUUCGAGAACACCAACGAGGUGGCCAUCUAUUCGAAGAGGGUGACGAUCCAGGUCAGGGACAUGAGACUAGUGGAUAAGUGGUCGAAGCCUCGCUGGGUUGAGAAAUAUCAAGGUAUGUUGGACGAGAAGGCGAGAGCUGAGGAGAGACAGGAACGGAUGGACGCCAAACAGGCGGAAAGGGAUGGCAGCAGAGCAGGGGCGAAGAAGAGGAAAGCAAGAGAAGAGGACAAAAGGCAAACCGUACGCAUCAUGUCGAUGUCAGUAGCACAAGUGGAAGCUGCUCUUGCAGAGGUAAUGAAGUAUGCAAAGGAGGGCAUCCACUACAACGGUGACAACGAGUUGUCUUUGCUUCAGGACAGGGUGCCGAGGUACUUCAUAGUCGCUGUGGAUAUGAGAUUUACAAUCAUGGCAAACGGCGAGGGCUGUGUCAAAGCACGAACACUCUUGCAACGCUUCAGAGAGUCACCACAUGUACGUGUAGACAUCGAUGUGGAAGAUAGUGCAUACAGUCUAAAAGGAGUGGUCCAGUGGAUCUGCAGCGAAGGGAUGUGCGAAGAAGGAGACACGGACAUGACAAUGCAGCACACAGGGGGGAUAUAUAUACCUGCGAACUUGGGCAAGUUGCUGGGCACUGUCGCACGGAAUGGGGGAAUGCUGGUUGAUGGGUCGAAGGACGAGUUGAAGAGUGGUGCUGCAGAAAUAUUGGUGUUGUCCAAAAUGAAGGACAUUACACAAACACCGCCAGAAGACUUUCAAGAUGUUACUGUCAUUGUCGCAGAUGGUGUGAAAUAUAUUCUGCUGGAUCAACUUGUGAACUUCAUGAAAAAGAGUGCGACGACAAGAACGUCAUCCAUGAGGCGUUGCACGAAGUGACAGAGUUUGCACUGCAGGGUCAAGAUCUGAUAGAAUUUGUGCCAGCAAUAACAGAAGACAACAUCAUAUCUGGCAGACCGUUGUGAGGGGAGUUGUUAUCAGCUCCUUUGGAGCGGCUCGGUCUUGCAAACUGCAAUGUUGAGAGACAAAGAGAAAGAGAAAAAGGGUGGAAGGUGAUGGCCACGGAAACAAAUUUAGCAAUCAUUC